GGAGGAGGGCGCGCGCCCAUCCUUUUAGCACCGCGAGAGGCGCUGGUGUUUCGAGCCGUGGCACCGGCAUCGGCUGACACUGGUGCUUUCAGCUAGUUAUUUCGUCCUCUUCCGUUCUUCACCCCUACACCUUGGAAAUCUGUGGAUUGCUGCACAAUACUGUUUGCCUUUGAAGCUGAUUGCAUUCCAAAGAAAUACUCUCUUUUAGCGGCCAGGCAUGGUGGUGCACGCCUGUAAUCCCAGCACUUUGGGAGGCUGAGGGCGAACUUCUCACCUGAGGGCUGUAAAGACUAGUUUGAAAAUGGAGAGCCAAGAACCAACGGAAUCUUCUCAGAAUGGCAAACAGUAUAUCAUUUCAGAGGAGUUAAUUUCAGAAGGAAAAUGGGUCAAGCUUGAAAAAACAACGUACAUGGAUCCUACUGGUAAAACUAGAACUUGGGAAUCAGUGAAACGUACAACCAGGAAAGAACAGACUGCGGAUGGUGUCGCGGUCAUCCCCGUGCUGCAGAGAACGCUUCACUAUGAGUGUAUUGUUCUGGUGAAACAGUUCCGACCACCAAUGGGGGGCUACUGCAUAGAGUUCCCUGCAGGUCUCAUAGAUGAUGGCGAAACCCCAGAAGCAGCUGCUCUCCGGGAGCUUGAAGAAGAAACUGGCUACAAAGGGGACGUUGCCGAAUGUUCUCCAGCGGUCUGUAUGGACCCAGGCUUGUCAAACUGUACCGUACACAUCGUGACAGUCACCAUUAACGGAGAUGAUGCCGAAAAUGCAAGGCCGAAGCCGAAGCCAGAAUUUGUGGAAGUCAUUUCUUUACCCAAGAAUGACCUGCUGCAGAGACUCGAUGCUCUGGUAGCUGAAGAACAUCUCACAGUGGACGCCAGGGUCUAUUCCUACGCUCUAGCACUGAAACAUGCAAAUGCAAAGCCAUUUGAAGUGCCCUUCUUGAAAUUUUAAGGCCAAAUAUGACACUGGCCAUUUUUGUAAACGAGACCACCAGGCCUUCUUCACUAAGACUUUGUAUUCAACUUAGUUUAAUGUAGAUUUGCCAUUAGCUUUUUCGUAAAAUAAAAGCACAGAACAGA